UCUUGCACUCAUUUGGUUCUGGUGGGGAACAACAGCUAUGAGGGAACAAGUGUAUUCAAUUAGAAUUAAUUCCCCUCUCUUAUUCUCAUAGCUGAGCGGGGCUCAAGUGCCUCUCAUCUGAAAGAGGUAAUAAGAUUUAAUCUGUCUCCUCAUCUACCUUCUGCAAGUAUACUUAACAAAUUAGCUCUCGGGACUCCUCCAAAUGGAGUUUUAUGAGGGAUUUGCUGAGGUAAACGUUUUAGACUUUGAACACAGUUCAGUAUUUCAGGAGCAGUACUGAAAUUGGAACUGUGUUGGUAACUGCCUUGCCUUUCAACUCAAGACACAAUAACUUUGAACUAAAAUAAUUAUUUUUUGUUGUUGUUUUCCAUUCUGUCCCCACGUCUGUAUCACCACCACCCCCAUCCCACCCUGCAGGAGCUAACUCCUCCUUCCUGUCCCUGCAAGAUCAAAACUUCUGGAAGCCCCGCUAGCUCUGUGUGCCCGCCUUCCUGGAAGAUAUCGUACUUUUAUACUUAUUUGUGUGAUAAUUACUUCAAUGUCCACUUCUCCCACGAGCCUCCGAGCCCUUGGAGGGCCGGGACCACACCUAGUUUUUCUCAUUGUUACAUCUCCCUUGCCAGGCACAUCGUGGGUGCUUAAUAAAUAUUUAGUGAACGAAUGGCUUGUUGGGUAACAGUCCAAAGCCUGGGGAACAGGGGGAACGCUCCCUCCUGUUGGGCCCCAGAGGGGUGGCGCUGAUGGAGAGGAGGCUAGGAUAAGGCCUCCCGGACCGAAGCGCGCACCUGUAAGGCCCCUGCCAAAAAGACUUUCCUGAAGGCGCAGGAACUGCGAGAGCGCCUAUGGUGGCCCAAGGACUGACCCGACGAUCCCAGAGACCCUCGCCCUAACCGGCCCCGCCUCCCGGGCCGCAAACCCAGACUCCACCCGCCCGAAGCUCCGGAUCCUGGGGCCCGCCCCUGGCCCCGCCUCGGCCGACCGUGGCCCCGCUCCUGGGGCUCCCUCAAACCCUCCCCAGGCCCAGCUUCCGCCCAGUCUCCCGGCAACGAUGCGGCCCCGCCCACAUCAUGGCGCCCGAGGAGAACCCGGGGACCGAACUCUUGCUGCAGAGUUUCGAGCGCCGCUUCCUGGCGGCGCGCGCACUGCGCUCCUUCCCCUGGCAGGUGGGCGGCGGGGCGUGCUGGAGUCCAGGGGCAGACGGGAGCUUAGAAGCAAAGUUAAGAGACUCAUCAGAUUCUGAGCUGCUGCAGGAUAUUUUGCAGAAGACUGUGAAGCAUCCUGUGUGUGUGAAGCACCCACCGUCAGUCAAGUAUGCCCGGUGCUUUCUCUCAGAACUCAUCAAAAAGCACGAGGCUGUCCACACGGAGCCUUUGGACGAGCUAUAUGAGGCGCUGGCGGAGACCCUGACGGCCAAGGAGUCCACCCAGGGCCACCGGAGCUAUUUACUGCCCUCGGGAGACUCGGUCACACUCUCUGAGAGCACAGCCAUCAUCUCCCACGGCACCACAGGCCUGGUCACAUGGGACGCCGCCCUCUACCUUGCAGAAUGGGCCAUCGAGAACCCGGCAGCCUUCACUCACAGGACUGUCCUAGAGCUUGGCAGUGGCGCCGGCCUCACAGGCCUGGCCAUCUGCAAGAUGUGCCGCCCCCGGGCAUACAUCUUCAGCGACUGUCACAGUCGGGUCCUCGAGCAGCUCCGAGGGAAUGUCCUUCUCAAUGGCCUCUCAUUAGAGGCAGAAAUCACUGCCAACUUAGACAGCCCCAGGGUGACAGUGGCCCAGCUGGACUGGGACGUCGCGACGGUCCAUCAGCUCUCUGCCUUCCAGCCAGAUGUUGUCAUUGCAGCAGACGUGCUGUAUUGCCCAGAAGCCAUCGUGUCGCUGGUCGGGGUCCUGCGGAGGCUGGCUGCCUGCCGGGAGCAUCAGCGGGCUCCUGAGGUCUACGUGGCCUUCACUGUGCGCAACCCAGAGACAUGUCAGCUGUUCACCACCGAGCUAGGCCGGGCCGGGAUCAGAUGGGAAGUGGAACCUCGUCAUGACCAGAAACUGUUUCCCUACGAAGAGCACUUGGAGAUGGCGAUGCUGAACCUCACACUGUAGGACUCGCACACGACUCCAACGUGAUUGUGAGAAUCAAGUCACUCUCGUGAGAAGAAUUUUUAUAUGGGAAAGCGGAGAAAACUUUCAUUGGACUGGAAUGUUUGGAGAGUGUUAAAUUCCAAAUCAGGAACCACAAACUCCCCUCUAAUAAGACAUUGGCUAUCUGAGCGUGUAGUGCCCCCUUUCUGCCAGCAGUUCUGGAUCUUAAGAAAAUCACCAUAAAUCAGACAUGAAAAUUCUGGCUCCAAAAAUAGCAUUUUCUUUGUGCAAAUAAAAACGUGUGUAUCAAGUAUGACGUUCCCCCAACGUGGACACACUCGGUUCCUCACAAAGCCAAACCCGCUGCAGCUGCCACAUCCCUGGGCUUACGGUGCAGCAGGUGCUUUUUUGAAGACAGGAAUGAAAGUGUUAGGAAGACGGCAGAAAGGUGACACCUGGAGACCAAAUGCAGGAUGAGGAGUACUGCAGGUCACAGGGAAGUCACAGAACAGUAAUACGCCAGCAGGGGCAGGGGCGUGAAGAACAGAAGAAGACAGGAAGCAUUUCCCAGACUCCAGAGAAGAAAUCAGGGCCAACCACAGCUUCCCGGGUCACAGAACCAAUUCGUUCACGAGGCGGCAGCACUGCCGUCAUUUCAGCUUCUGGUCACUGGGAGGCGCUGCUCGAAAGGAUUUGCCCUGAGACUCCGAGAAGAAGCUGCGGGAAGGACAGCAGGGGUCCUGGGGUUUUAGCCUCUGGCCCAGGAGUUAUGUGUCCAUAACCAAAGGGAGCACAGUCUGCACCCAGCUCUCAUCCCAUCGGAGCUGCUGUGACUCCCGCAGGUUCUUCCGGAACUGGUUUAGCUUGCCCGCAGGAUCAGGAAAGUUUGAGAAAAGCAUCUGCAAAAAAAUAAAGAGCAGAGCUUACCUCAUUGCCUGUCCCCACCCCAUCCCAGGUCACCACCUGGCUGACCCCAGGUCGCCGACCCAACAACAACCCCUCCGAAGUCCCUAACUCCCUCACUUGGACUCGAGACCCUUCACACCCCAACAGCGCUCCACCUCCAACUUGACAUCAAGCUUUCUGGAAACUUCCCCGCAUGUCCCACUUUCCCACACUUGGUGCUGUGGAGCACCUCCCGGCCUCUACAUGGUGUACGUUCCCCCUGUGAGCACCCUCCUCUUGGCCUCUGGCAAACACAGUCCCACCCAUCUGCGGGUAACAAGGGGGUGUCGGUGUUCUUUUCAGCCUUGCUAAACUGUCUGAAUCAAGGAUCACAAACUACAGCCUGCAGGCCAAAUCCAGCCCACAGCCUGUGUUUGUAAAUAAAGUUUUAUUGGAACAAAGCCACACCCCUUAAUCUACAGAUGAUCUGUGGCUACUUUCACACCACAACAGAGUACCAUGGUUCUGACAGAGACUGAGGGACCCAGUCUAAAUGACUUCCGACCUGGACCUUUACUGGAAAUCCUGCCAAUCAUUCUGUUGGCAAAAAUGAUGUAUUACUUUUUGCAAUAAGAAACAAGUAACCUUUGCAGAAUUCCACCCAUCUUUCAA